AUAAGUUCAAGGACAUGUUAGUUUGAAUUGUUAAUGGUUAGACCAGAUCCGUGCAUAUGCAUAUCUUAUUCCAGACAGAAUUGAGCUAAUCACGACGAGAGCCCAAAGUGCAGGGAUACACUACAUUAAUAUACAAGAGAAUGGCGAAAGAUCUGGAACCUUGGGGCUUUGUGGUAGCCGUUUCGGCCUUUAUGAUCCAGCUUUUGACCUUCGGUGUCAGUUUGUCAUUUGGUCUGUACGUAAUAGAACUACAGAAAGAAUUCCACAGCGGACUGUCUUUGAUUUCGGCUAUUGGCGCUAUCAACCUUGGAGUACAACUUGGUGCAGGUCCCCUUGCAAGUUUUCUGAUGCAGAAGACUUCGUACAGUAAGGUGUGCUUACUAGGAGCUGUGCUAAGCAGCAUCGGCUUAUCGGCUCUUCCAUUCACCCCAAAUAUCCCCUACAUGAUAGCGUUCUAUGGUAUCAUUACAGGCUUUGGAGACUGUUUUCUAUACGUGCCUUCGCAUACCCUUUCCGGAUUGUGGUUCCCUCGACACAUGGGUCUUUCUACGGGAUUGGUCACUUCCGGUUCCGCUCUUGGUGGCAUCUUAUUUCCAAUGAUGAUUAAAGUGAUUAUAGAGACGUAUGGAUGGCGUGGGUCCAUGUACAUUCUAGCAGCUUUUAAUCUACAGACAAUACCAUUGUCAGCAUUACUAAGAAAAGCGCCGAUACAAAGGCAAUGGGAAAGAAACAAGAAUUAUCUUUCCAAUCGAAAAGCUACAGAAGAAAAAUUCGGGGGAAAAUGUUAUGAUGAAUACGUUGGAGACCCAGUUUUUACUAUCAUGGAUUCGGUGGACCGGGAAAAGAAACAUGAAAAGCACCACAAAGUUCAAUCUUCGUUUUUCCGUUUAUCUAGAAAUGUCUGCUAUCAUCUUUAUAUCAUAAACGGUACAGUGUGGAGUGCCUUUUUUGCGGCCAUCGUUCUUAUCCUACCGGACUACUUUGUAACAGUUGGCCUUAAUCGCAGCGACACGGCUUGGCUGAUGUCGCUUCAACACAUAUUUUCAUUUUUAGGUUGCAUAGUUUCUGGCUUUGUUAGCAGCCAUCCUAAAAUCAACAAAGUGGCCCUAUUGGUGUUUUCUAAUUUUGUUUCUGGAAUUGUGACUUUUGCUUACACGUACCAUGUACUGCAGACGUUCUCUGGGUUUGUGGCGUUAUCCGUCUUUGGGGGACUAAGUUCGGGGAUAUACCUUGGACUGCUAGUAGUUAUUUUAGCAGAUGUGGUCGGGAAUGAACUCAUUGGGGACGGAAUGGGCCUAUUGAUGUUUGCAUCUGGCAUUGGAACCGUUGCUGGACCACCUUUGGGAGGUAACCUUGUAGACGAGACUGGUUCCUUUGAAUCUGCGUUUUACUAUAACGGGACAGCAGUCCUCUUGGCGGGAAUAGUUUUGGCACCUGUGACCCUUAGAGGCCUUAUAAGGAGAGGAAAAUCGAGAAAAUAUUCGGUCUCUUCGUUUACCAAACAGGACCCAUCACCGAGAUAAUUAUCUGUAUAGCAUAGAAUAUGGUUAUGUUUUUAUUAAAUGGUGGAUGUCAUGACGGUCUCAUUUCAUUUGUCAAACGUCCUUGGAAUACAAAAUUGUUUAUCUGGAGAAUAGAUUCUCUAUAUGAAAUUGAAUCAGUUAAAUUUAAUGCAGUCCUGCAUAAAACUAUCAGAAUGGUUAUGAAUUAUAUUUCAUUGGAUGUAAGAUAAAACAUUAAGUGAAAAUAUAAAGUUAAAAA